CGCCAUGUUGGAUCAGUUUGAAAGCGAGCGCGGGCGUCCCGCUCCGCUGUGACGAAGGAGCUGGCUUCGAACUAGCGGCGCCUGAGGCGGGGCGGUGUCCCGGCCGGGGAUGCUUUGUCGCGUCUCUCGUCCGUCCGGUAACAGGCGCAGGCUUUCGGUGGAGAGCUGUGAAAGUGUGCGUUUUUAUCUCUUUUGGAGACUUCGUAGGUAGUUGAAAUUUCUUGCCGUCCGUGUACCGUUUCAUUCCUGGGAAUGAUGGAUUGCCUUUUGGCGCUCGGAGCGGAAGUGUUGAGGGAAGACCUGGUAAGACACACGGGAUUCGCUUCCAGAUGAUCCUGUGGUGGAAGUGGGGACAGUUUUUAAGAGAAAUGAAUAGAAAUAACCCAUUUUGAGGAGGCCAUGGCAAAAUCAAUUACGAAGCACAGAGUUUGUUCUCGGGAAUCUUCAGUAACUUCUCUGUUAGCAAGCUGCAGCCUGAGGGGUAGUAAUUCCUCGAACUCUGACGGCUCUUUCCAGUAUAAGGAUAAAGUGUAUAGUUCUGCCUCUCAGGCUCUACAGGCCUAUAUUGAUGAUUUUGAUUUAAGCCAAAUGUAUCCUGGUGCAAGCACUGGAAAGAUAAACAGUAGAUGUUCUGCUAAUAUGCCAGAAUUCUCCAACUAUAUUUAUAAAUCAAACAAUGCUUUUGACAAUGUUGAUCAGAAAAAAAGCUCCUUGUCCUUAUCCUGCAGAAGAAAGACUGUUAAUGACAUAGACUCCAUUAGCCUAACAACUGAUGAUCUAUUAAAACUUCCAGCAGAUGGGUCAUUUUCUUUUGCUUAUGUUGGAUCAGAUCAUCAAAUUAGCAAGAAAAAGAAGAAAUGCAUUGGAAGACUGAGUUCAUCUGAUACUGAAAAGAAGCAAAAAUUUCAGGAACUCUCCACUCUCAUGUGCAAGGAUGAUUUAGUUACUCCUGUUGUAUACACAGAUAUAAACGGAAAGCAAUGUGGUAGGCUAAAAAACCCAAAACUUGUGAAAAAGACCAAUAAAUGCAUUUCUGAACCAUCUUUACUUUUUUCUAAGAAAUUGUCUUUCAAGGACAGUUCAGAGCACAGUCUUGAAAAGAAUUACCCAAGAUGGCUCACUAGCCAGAAAUCUGAUCUUAAUGUUUCAGGGAUAACUAGUAUACCUGACUUCACCUACCCUGUGUGGCUCAACCGUCAAGACUUGCUACCUGAUACAAAUAGUCAAAGGAUACAUGAAAUAUUUAAAGAAGAUCAGUGUUCCCCUAGACAUAGUUACCAGGCACAAAGAACUUCUCGACUUACGAACAAAUUAGAUUGUUUUGAAUAUUCUUUUGAACCCUCAAACACUUCAGAUUCUUUGAGGGAUGACAAAGAACUAAUUAAUGGAUGUAAAUGUGAUUCUCAAUGUAGCCAGUGUCAAUGUGAGAAUCCAGUUCUCCCAGGACAAACCAAAAAGCCAUUCAGUGGUGACAAAAUUGAAUUGCUUAUCCUGAAGGCCAAGAGAAAUCUAGAUCAUUGUGCUGACGAGUCACUGAAGUCUAUGAAAAAGGAUGAUAGUCCGUGUUCAUUAGAUAAACUUGAAGCAGAAAGAUCAUGGGAAAAUAUCCCUGUUACUUUCAAAUCUCCUGUUCCUGUUAACUCUGAUGAUAGUCCUCAACAAACUUCAAGGGCAAAAUGUACUAAAGGGUUCCUCGAUGAUUUUUUAAAUAAUGAUAAUAAGAGCUCUACCCUUUCUGGAGGGAAACAUCAUGGUCCUGUUGAAGCCCUGAAACAAAUGUUAUUUAAUCUUCAAGCAGUACAAGAAAGUUUUAAUCAGAAUAAAACAGCAGAUCUGAAAGAAGAAAUUAAGCAAGUUUCAGAAGACAAUUUCUCUCCAUUACAAUUGAAGGAAGGUAUGGUUCCUAUUACUAGGUCACUUCAAAAGGCUUUGCACCAUUUAUCUCGCCUGAGAGACCUGGUUGAUGAUACCAGUGGGAAACAGUCACCGAAAAUGUGAAGAGGAAAAUAAAACAUUCCAACCCAUAGUCACCACAGAACUAAACUGUAUUUUUUUCCUAUUGUUUAAACUGACAAAGAAAUUAUAAGUCGUGCAUUCUUCUGCA